AUGAGUAAUAAAAGCAACCGUAGGAGUUUACGUGAUAUAGGGAAUACAAUUGGUCGAAGUAAUAUACCCAGUGACAAGGACAAUGUCUUUGUGAGAUUAAGCAUGUCCCCUUCGAGGACGACAAGCCAAAAAGAGUUUUUGAAGCCACCUAUGAGGCUGUCACCUAACAAGACGCAUGGCGCGAAACAUAGCAUACAAGUAACACCGAGAAGGAUAAUAUCACCGGAAUGUUUGAAGGGCUACGUCUCUAAAGAAACUCAAAGCCUGGAUAGACCGCAGUUCAAAAAUUCGAAUAAAAAUGUGAAGAUCCAAAACUCAGACCACAUAACAAAUAUAAUAUUUCCUACAUCACCAACCAAAUUGACGUUCAGUAAUGAAAAUAAAAUCGGAGGUGACGGUUCUCUAACCAGAAUACGAGCCCGGUUUAAGAAUGGGCUCAUGUCACCUGAAAGAAUACAACAGCAACAGCAGCAACAUAUUCGCCCUUCAGAAACUAAAAGCAGCACUGAGUCCAAGGCAAAUCCAUUUGAAAAUGAGCACCCUCAAGAUAAAGAUAAACUGAAAAGGAAAAAUUUAUUAGUUGAGCUAAAAAAAGAAGAGGAAGAUGUGGGAAGUGGCAUAGAGUCUCUCACCAAAUCGAACACUAAACUUAAUUCCAUGCUUGCAAAGGAAGGUAAGGUACAGAAAGCCAGCUUCCAGAAAAGCGUAAAGUUUAAAUUACCUGAUAGCAUAGUGGCUGAAGAGACUGCGGAACUAAGGGAAAUAAAGGACUUAGUAUUGCAAAUGUUAAGAAGACAACGAGAGAUUGAAUCAAGGUUAUCCAAUAUCGAACUUCAGCUCACGGAAAUACCGAAACACAAAUAA